AUGCCCAACAUCACCUCAAACAGAGCCCUUCUUACCAGCUUCCUUCCAGUCCAUGUAACAAUCAACAAUGUAUCAUCGAUCGACAAAGUUGACUUCCAAUACAAUCGACUCUCCCAGAGACCUGUACAACAGGGUGACACUAUCUUGCUGAUUGGCGAGAGACUUGGUGUUGUCGGCACUCCAGCUCAAACCACGGUGAUGUUCAAUAAUCAACCUUUGAACCCAACAAUCAUCACUCAGACCGACGGAAAACAAGAGUUGUUGGUUGACAUCCCAUCUCAGACUCCACGUGGAGUGGUCUUUGAUGUAUAUGUGGUCACCAAUGAGGGUCGCCACACUGCCCAUGAGUCCAUCACAAUACAAUAA